AUGGCAGCUGACUGGGAAGAGAUUCGACGGCUGGCUGCGGACUUUCAGAGAGCGCAGUUUGCGGACACAGUGCAAAGGUUAUCGGAGAGGAACUGCAUCGAAAUUAUUUCAAAACUUGUCCAAGACAAGAAGUUAGAUGUGGUGCACACACUUGACGGGAAGGAGUACAUCACUCCAGCACAGAUCAGCAAGGAGAUCCGAGAUGAACUCUAUGUUCAUGGAGGGCGAAUCAACAUCGUGGAGCUGCAGCAGAUCCUCAACGUGGAUUGGGUCCAUGUUGAAAACAGAGCCAGUGACAUUGCUAAAUCAGAUAAAGGCGUUCAACUUGUACUGGGACAGCUCAUUGAUGACACGUACCUGGACCGUUUGGCUGAGGAGGUGAAUGACAAACUGCAGGAGGCCGGUUUGAUCAGUAUUGCAGAGCUGUGUAAAAACUAUGACCUCCCAGGAGAUGUCCUGUCUGAGGAGCUGUCAAAGCGUCUUGGGAAACUUAUCCAAGGAGAGAUGGACCAGUACAACAGGGGGGUCAUAUUUACUCCAGCUUUUGUUGCCCGUCACAAAGCCAGGAUACGAGGGCUCUUCAGCGCCAUCACAAGGCCAACACCUGUCAGCAGCAUGAUCGGAGCGUUUGGAUUUCAGGAGCAUCUUCUGUACUCUGUCCUGGAGGAGCUGGUGGACACUGGACGCCUAAAAGGAAGUGUGGUGGGAGGUCGGCAGGACAAAGCUGUGUACAUCCCUGAUAUCUACUCCAAAACACAGAACACUUGGGUUGACUCUUUCCUCCAGCAGAAUGGAUAUUUAGAGUUUGAUGCGUUGGUCAGACUGGGGAUCCCCGACCCCCUCAGCUAUAUUAAGAAGCGCUUCAAGUCCAACAAGCUGCUGUUCCUCAGAGCAGCCUGUGUGGGUCAGGCUCUGGUGGACCAGGUGGAGGCUUCAGUUGAGGAAGCUGUCAACUCUGCCACAUGGACGGACAUACAGCCAAUUUUGCCCAGCUGCCUGUCGAUGGAGGACGUCGGGAUGUUGAUCAACCAGGCCAUGAGAAACACUAACAUCCAGUCCUCUGCCAGAGUGCUGGGAGGGACAGUGGUCGUCAGUGAAAAGUUCAUCAGCAACUGUCUCUCUGUGUUUGAUGAAGUCAUGCAGCAGAAAGCUCAGAAGGAGGUCAAGAACAAUCCAGUGUUUUUAAUAUCUGAAGAUGAUCUGAAGCAAGUGUCGAUGUUGACUGAGAGCUCAGCACUAUCUAAGAAGGAAAAGAGAGAAGCAGAGCGCAGAAAGAAGGCUACAGAAGGCAGUGGCAGUGUGAAAGCAGGUGGUGGAGGCAACGCCAGAGAGAUCCGGAUCCGUAAAACCAAGAAGAAAGGGAGGAAAGACGAGGACAGCGAUGAGGAAACCGGACCUCCACAGCAAAAUCGCAGCAAACAGACUGCAGCCGUCUUUAUGACCCAGGAGGAGAUCGUCGCUGUUUUAGAGGAGAAAUUGAGCGACUGCCCUGAAGAAAUCCUCUCUGAGCUGGCAGAACAUUUAGUAAGGCCUCUGAGUAAAGCCUAUCAGGAGGUGCUGCGGGCGGUGUUCAUGUCCUCCACCAGCUCUCCAUCAGGGGCCAACAAGAAGAAGAGCAUGAAAGAUCUGCAGGAGGAGAUCACUAACCUAUACAACAACAUCCGACUCUUUGAAAAAGGCACCAAGUUCUUCUCUGAUGAAACCCAGGCCAACAUUGCUAAGCACGUCCUGAAGACCCUGUGCACAGAUGUCACCAACAUCCUGGUCAACUUCCUGGCGGCUGACCUGAUGAUGUCUGUGGAGAAUCCAAGCAACAUCAGCACCGAGGUCAGAGUGAAGAUUCUGGGCAAAUUGUCAGAGGAAACCAAAGGACCUCUGAUGAAGCUACACAACUGCCUGAACGGCAAAACUAUUGAAGACUUCCUGACCAACAUAGAGACGUGUGCUGAGGUGUGUGGCUUCAUGUUGAAGAAGGGGGACAAGAAAAAGGAAAGACAGGCCCUGUUCGUGCACCGCCAGGCUCUCACUGAGCAGCUGAAGGAGACAGAAGAUCCAGCCCUGGUCCUCCAUCUGACCAGUGUGCUGCUGUUCCAGGCCAGCACCCAGUGCAUGCUGCAUGCUCCUGGACGCUGCGUUCCACAGAUCAUCGGCACCCUCACAGGCCGAAUACCCGCAGAGCAGCAGCAGCUGUUGUCGUCCUACCAGAGCCUGGUGGUGAAGCAGCUGGUGAGCCAGAGUCAGAGCAGGAAGCAGGAGGAGGCUGAGGGCGAGGCCGACAGGACAGAGGAGCAGGACGAGGAGGCCGGGAGCGUUCGCUCUCAGCUCAUGGCUCUGACACCUCAGGUCAAAGAUGUCGUGCUGUCUCAGAGGAAGACGUCUGGCACAGAGGAAUGAACAUUUCAAACAUUCGAGAAAUGAUUGUCUGGACUGAUCCACGUUAAAUUUUUUUAUGGUCUCAAAUUUUCAGAUGAAUACGUAUAAUUCUACUAGAUCAGCUGUUAACACUGGAUUUUUGUGAGUAUCUAAUUCUAAAUUUUGAAGUGAAAUUCCUGUGUCGGAUUUCUCCACGUAAACCCAGUUAAUAUGAAAAUCUUCAAUGAGGUUCUGAUUUUCAUGCAUUCAAUAAAGCACCCCUCUGCCUCGAG